GUUCCUCAUUCAGAGUGGCACGGCGCACUGACAGGUGUUUCGAGGAAGGAUAUUAUAUUUUUGGCUGCUCAGUCGCUAGCAGGAUUGUAUAAAAAUAGAAUACAGCCCAUUGAGUAACACUGAUUCUUAUGUUAACAAAUAUAAUUGUUUUUACUGGAAAAAAGAAAUAUUUUAUGGAUACCUGAAUAUAAUCUAAUGUUUACAUAUUUUUUAAUGUUUCAAUUAAAAUUUUCUAGAUUGUAAAUAUUGCUCUAGACGUUAAGAGAAGUGAAAAAAAUUUUAUAUGUAAACUUUUGUGAAGUUUAUAAACAUAUAGACAUUAAAGUUUAACUUAUGAUUGAAACAAAAGUUCUAUUAUUGUAAUUUAGAAAGAAUAAAAAGCUGUGUA